GAACGUAUUGCAGAUGUAACUGUAUUUGUUUUACUAUUUUAAUUCACCAUAUGUUCGUGCAUGUCGGUAGACUCAAGAAAAACACGAUUUGGGGAUAUUAUUUCUAUCUGCAGCGGUUCAACGUCCUUGGAAAACGAUCAAGGCUGGAAAGUGAACCUUCGCUCCAAGAUUGAAAAUGAUCUUUCAUAUCAAGUACAGGAGGCCCUUGCUCCUAUUGUAUCCUCACAUAAGAAAUGGGCGGCCAAGAAAAAAACAGAAAGAAGGAAGGCAUUGAAGCUACAAGUCAACUACCUUCAACAGCGAAGAUCAUUUCAACAACUUUCCGCCGAUCCAAAUGAUGCCCGUUUUAAAUACAUUGAUGUGAAUUAUAUUCCACAAGCAGAUCAGGUGUAUUCUGGUAACAGCAAAGGGAAUUUCCCUGCCUCCAUUGCAAAUUUAAGGUUGCUGAAAACUGGUGCUCGAAGUAGAGCAUAUGGGUCUGACCGUCAUACCAACAGCAUGUGUGGAGGAUUAGAUUUAAGUUUACUCGAUCAUUCCAGUUCAAACCUGUUCUCAAUAUCUAGAAGAGGAUUUCCCGGCAGCACUUUAAAGCCUUUGAUCCCAAAAGUUGGGGAAUAUACUGGAAUAGCUCUGCCCAGCUAUGGUAUUAACAGGCAAUGUUUUCAGGUUUAUACCAAAGAAGGCAUGAACAGUCUUCUUAAUUCAAAGUCUCGUCGGUCAAAAUUAACUCAACUUGGUGAUGGUAAAUAUCUCAAUAAACAUGGAAUAGCAUUGAGCAGAAUUGGACCAUUUUGGCCAAAUGGUUUUGGCCCUGUUUGCCCGUGCCCCGAGUUUAUUCUGUCCUGCCCUAAAGAUGAAAUGUAUGGCGAAUCAUUCAUAAAACCUAAACUGCCAGAAAAUCGUGCAACCAGUGAAGAUGAGAGUAUCAUGUCUCCACGGUCAACAACUGCCCCAUACACCAAGCACACCAAUGGGUUAUCUAAACCCAUGUGGCAUGGUAAGCCAGUGGUAUAUGAUAGUGAACGAUCAUCAAGGUCACCCCCACCCCACUCUGUACCUGAUGGAAUGCCAGAGUCUCUUGUGUUCGAGUCAAGAUUUGAAUCGGGAAAUUUAAGACAAGCAAGAAGAACAGGGGAGUUAGAAUACGAGUUAGUCCUCAAAACUGAUAUGUACACUAACCGACACACCCAGUGGUACUACUUCAAAGUUCAACAAGCGAAACCAAACUGCACUUACAAGUUCAGCAUCAUCAACUUCCUUAAGAAGGACAGCUUGUACAACUAUGGAAUGAAACCCUUGUUAUAUUCUGAACAUCUUGCGAAAGAGAAAGGGAUAGGUUGGCACAGAGGUGGGAAGAAUAUAAGCUACACUUAUUGUGCAAAUACAAGAAAUACAAUUCUAUCAUUAGACCUGCAAUAUUACUGCCUAAAGUUUGAGGUUUCAUUUGAUUGGGCUGAAUGUGAAGACGACACAAUUUACUUUGCGCACUGCUACCCGUAUACUUACUCCGACCUACUGCGGCAUAUCGAUGAGAUUAUGGCGUGUCCGAACUCAUCCAAGCAUGUUAAGAGGGAGGUCUUGUGUGAAACUGAUGCAGGAAACACUUGCUUCCUUCUCACUGUCACUCAUUUUCCUGAUAAAGAAAAAGACAAAUACAAGGAUUUACAUCAGAGCAAGCAAGGCAUCAUUCUAACAGCUCGUGUACAUCCUGGUGAGUCUCAAUCAAGUUGGAUGAUGAAGGGGGUGCUUGACUUUCUCACCUCAGAUAACAACACUGCUGAUCAACUGAGAAAAAAGUUCAUUUUUAAAAUUGUGCCAAUGCUUAAUCCAGAUGGUGUAAUAGUUGGUAACUAUCGCACCUCACUUGCUGCAAGAGAUUUAAACAGAAACUAUCGUCACCCAAAACAAUCUUACUUUCCUACUAUAUGGCAUACGAAGGAAAUGGUGGACCAGUUUAACAAAGACCACCCAAUCUUGUUUUACUGCGACCUUCACGGUCACAGCAGGAAACACAAAGUCUUUAUGUACGGCUGUGAGAGAAAAGCUUUGAAGCCAAAACAAACUGAAAACAUUGAGGGAAAUAAAGAUGGAAAACCAGCUCCCCCAAAAAAGCAUGAAGAAUAUAAAGCUGCCAUUGAUUUUGUUGAGGAACGUUUAUUUCCAUGGUUGAUGUUUCAAUGUUUGCCGAACAGAUUUUCGUUCCAUGACACGAAAUACGCAGUUCGUCGAAGCAAAGAAUCCACUGGUAGAGUUGUCAUGUUUCGACAAAUGGGAAUUGCAAAUAGUUUCACUCUCGAAGCUACAUUUGCUGGAACAAUAGCUGGAUCCAGGAUUGGCCGUCAUUUCAACAUCAGUGACUUCCAGUUAAUUGGAAGGAAAUUGUGCGAAUGUAUUCUAGAAUAUUCAAAUGUCUUUGACAAUCCUGUCAAAAAGUCGAAAGUCAUUCUACAAAUGACAACAGAGAUUAUGAAGAAACAGAAACUACAAACUUCCUCAAACAACCAAACCACAUCUGUAGAAAGAAAGGAUCAAAGUAAACAUAAUGUGGAAAAGAAAAUACCAACAUUGCAAAAUAAGGAAGGAAAGUGUUUUCCUAACACUCUUAGUAUAAACGUUGCAGAUGGAGGCAAACCUGAAAAGAUUGAACUAAUUGAAGAUAAUAAAAGCAAUACAUUGCCUGUCACAUCUCAGCUUGUUGCCCAAAACAAUCCUAAAGUAUUUGAAACAAUUGUUCAAAAUCAAAUCAAUGCAGAAACUGCUUCUCAAACUGCCAUACGUAAUAACAAUGCAUUCAAUAAAGACAACUGUGAUGUCACAAUUCAAUUAAGUCAGAGAGAAGCAUUGGAACCAAAGGUGGGGGAAGAUCAAGAAGAUAUAAAUGAAGAUGAUACAUUGGAUUACAGCUGUUUAGAUGCCAUUCGAAAUUUUAACAUGUCAGACUUGGCCUCAGAAUCAGAGACAAGUUCAGACAGUGAUAGUGAAUCUGAGCCAGAGGUUCCUUACGAAGCCCCUACAUCUAAGAAGAAGUUGGACAACGAGCAUUACUCCUCAACCUCCAGGAAGAAAAAAAAGAAGAAACAGAAGAAUGGAAAGUCUGUGUCCGCUCCUACCUCCACUUCAAAAUCUAAAUACAAAAAUACGGAGCAAAUCUUGGUGAAAGAAUCGUUAAAACAAAAGCCUAGAUUUCCAGCAUUUGUGAGCAAAUACAGUAACCGUAGCAACGGAGGAAUUCCAAUCUUUGCCCAAGAACGCAUCAAAGAAAGAGCAGCAAGAAGGUUGGCAGAGUUAAAUGUAGCCAAGGAAGACAAACAACAACAACAGGAGCAACUGGCAGAGCAGUGGGCGGAGAUUCAGAACUUUCCACGACUUCCAACUAACUUAUAUACUGGCAACAGGGACACAGUCAUGUGCAAUGUAAAAUACACCAUGGACGACCAACCAAGAAGACUUCAUUACAUGUUGUGCAAUCCCUACUCCAAUCCACCUUCAACUGGUGAUGCAAAUGUUGGGUCAAGUGAUCAUAAACGAGUAGUGAAGUAUUCACCAACCCAUCAAUAUAUAAGCAAGGAUGAUUUAGCAUUGAAACAAAUGGAUGAAGAAACUGAGGAUGAGGUUUAUGCUUUCAAUAACAUAGAUUCCCCACCUACAAAUGAUUUAAACAUAAGUUUGAUGAACAGACAAAAUAAAUGUGCGUCCAACAAAAGCACGCGCGGGUCCUCCAGUUCCCAUUCAAGCCACAACUCAGAAUCAACAAACAGUACAUCUCAUGAACAUUUCAGGGACUCCAGUGGUUCGCAGGAGAAGUUUUUGCCACGCACGGUUGUCCUACCUGUCCAGAACCUUUCAUUCAAGCUGUUUAAGAAGCACGGAGAUAGAAAAACACCUAGUUUUACAGUACCAGCUUCCAGACAGCAGCAUUUUGUAGAAAAUGGAGAACUAAUCACUAAUGGGAAGGUUAACAACAGUAUAGGGUCAGCGUAUCAAAUAUCCGACCUAUCUCUCCCCCCUUCAAUGAAGGCAGGAGAUGUAAUGACAGUCCACAUGCAUUACCCAGGGCAAGUGCAUCCAGUGGAACCUAAACCAAGUUAUAGAUUCAAGACUUCACCUAGGGGACCUCCCAUGAUAUUUGGUGAACCGGCGGUAAUGAACCAGAAAGCUCAUGAAAAUUAUUUCCCAAACAAAACUGAACGUUAGUAGUUGGAUUCACUUAGAUAAAUAUUUUUAUAAUUUAUACAGUGGGGUAGGGGAAGACGGGACACCUUUUACCUCUAUUUUCUCGCCCCGUUUAGUAGCAAACAAAGAACAUUCAAGAAAUUAUAAAACUAUAUGCCCACGACUCCCAUUGACCGUUAGUAAUUGUUUAAAACACGAUCAGGAUGUUUAGAUAUUUUGUGCUAAAGGUGUCCCAUCUUCCCCUACCCUACUAUAUCAUUCCACGCCAGAUUUGAACCAAAUACUCCUUGAAGUUUUAAAAAAAAUAGUUUCACUUGACUAUAUUGUUAGUUUAUUACAUUUUUAACAAUAUUGGUAUUAAUAGUUUAUUCCUAUUUUCUGUUAUACAGAUAUUUAUUUUUUAUACAAAUUAUUUUACACGACACAUGUAUUCUGUUAUUGCCUAGUGUGAUACUUUGUUGUAGGGUAUUCAUUUAAAUUUGACAUUGAAUAUUGACAUUCGACUAAAGCAGAAGUUUAUGAAGAAAAUAGCUGACUUGGUUAAUGUAUACAUUAUUACUGUGUUUCAUGUAUUUAUAGUGUUGAUUUAAGAAUAGUUUAUAUAUUUUGUAUGUUUUCAUAAUUCAAAUUGUGAACAACAGUAUUUACCUUCAAAAUAUGCAUUUAUUCAGCUGCCUAAUUCAUCAGUCAAAUGCCAUCACAAAUUACUGAUAUGCCAAAAGUUUUUUUACCUGGUUUUAUGAUUGCAUUAUUUGUGUAACAUGAACAACUUAGCUUUUCGUUGUGCAGAAAACCUAAAAUGAUUCUUACCUAUUUUAAUCGUGUAUAACUGUAUUUUUGAUAAUGUUACCCCCAGUAAAAAUGUACAACGUUUAUUAUGUGAAGCCAUUGGAAUUAAAUAAAUCUCUAUUUACUUUU